AUGGAUGAACUAUUUACGAAAGAGAAAACACUCUGCAAUGUUUCGCUAAAGGAGAGGGCACUCUGGGUAUUCCUGGAAUCAGUGGAGAGACUUCAGAGCAGAAAGAUAUCCAAUGCCCUUUUGGCAAGGAUAGAGGAAGACCAUUUGGAAAUGACAGAAAUAUUUGUGUUCAUUGAUGAAUUCAUCCGGGUAGGGAGAAGUCUAAACCCGUAUGGACUGGAAAGACUUAAAAGGAAGUUUGAUGGACUGCGACUGGUCCGGUACAUUGUUUCCAAGCCUUUGCAGUUCACACAAAAAGACGAAACUUUGCUUUGCAGCUUGAUUGACUUUCUUGAUGUCAAGAUGGUGGAGAAAAAGGAAUUCUUCUACUCACCAGAUAUAGUGCAGAUAAGCAUUAUGUUCUACCUAGCCAGAAGAUCAAAAAUACCAGCUCUGGAGAUUAAGUACUCAAUUGAGCUUAUAGACAUAAUUAAGAGACGAAAGACACACAGAACCCAAGCGUACUUAGAAGAAAUUGUCAGUCUGGCUACAAGACAGAUAGAAAAUACAGAAUACAUAGAAGAAUUAAAGGCACAAAUAAAGGAAGGAUGGCCAUACGAGAAGACAAACCCAGCACAAAAGACACUUUUGGGCUUACUUGGGGAAGAAUCCUGUCCAUACGAAAACUUCAGUAAGAGACAUAUUCCCAUCCACAUAGUUUCACCACUUUUCAUCCGGGAUAAGCAGACAAUCCAUCUUCUUCCUGUGAUAUUUUGCAUUGGAAGGCUAUUGGAAGAGAAUCCAGACAUACUUUCUGUGCUUUCUUCUGGAUUCAUUAACUGCGUAUCACCACACUGCAAGGAAAGAAUAAAUUUGGAACACGCCAAGUACUACCUUAUGCACAAGAUAAGAAUAGAUGCAGAAGUGGAUAAAUUAGUCAAUGAGACACUCAUGCACACACUCACUGCCAGCUGCAUUAUCCCAAAGGGAACAAUGCACUUGAAGAAAUAUCAGACUCACAGAUAUCUCAGUUAUAUAGUGAACACAUUGAAGAAAUUGGAGAGAAAGCAGACUGAAGACAAGACAGUUACUGUAUUACUCUUUGAAGUUCUGCAAUAUUUUCCUAUCUACGGGGAAAAUGAAGAAUACGUUAUAAGUCUAGCAAAGGCAGCAUGCCAAGAGAGUUCAGUCACAAAGAUGCUUCUGGUCCUGAAUAUUCUAUAUAAAGUACAAGGCACAAAGAAGAUAGGAUUUGCAGUUGCACUGUUAAGCCAUGCUUUGAUAAAAAGAGAAGACACCUUCUAUACAAAUACAGUUGUAUAUGCCGUUGGGAAGAAGCAAAGAAUAUAUCUGCAGAUGGCUAAGCCCUUAGUCUUAGACCACUUCUUGUACCGGUCAGCAGAUGCACAGGAUCCAACUACUUUCACUGCACUCUCUAAGCUGUACGGGUAUAAAACAGUCAAGGAAUUCAUGGAAGGAGAGAAGUAUUAUUUAGGACCAAGAUUAUGGCAGACAGAAAGGGUUGAUGAGUACUACACGAAUUUACCUACAAUCUUCAUCUACUAUGCAAUAUAUAUUUAUCAGACAGGAAAAGGAGGUGGUCUUAGUACAAAGAUCAUUGAGCAACUAAAAAAGACAAUGGAAGAUAUGGGAGUGGAAGUGGCUGUGAUAAUAUUUCUUGCAGUCCCAGAACCCACUGAAUUCUUUAAAGAGUGCGGCCUGGAUGUUAAGGAUCUUUUAGGAAAACACUCACUCAUCUCUAUUCUUUGUGCUGCCAGGAAGAUACUUGAAGAGAAGAUUGUUCACGUUAAGAACUGUAUAUUUAACCUAAUAUACAGUGCACUCUCGUAUACGCACCAGCAUGAUGGUACUUACUACGUCCAGGAAGUACGUGAAAUUAUACUAUUUCUUGUCUACACAGGAAAUAUAAAAGGGAAAGAAAUCUGCUGUGAAAUGAACUGCAGCAAGAACCAGUUCUUCAACCAGAUCAUUGGAAAGUCAAAGAAACAAGAUAUUCUGCAGAAUAGGUAUAUGAUUGCGCAGGACCUGACAAAGGAGCAGAAGCAAACAAUUGAGAAGAUGGUGGGGGAAGACCCUUCACUGUACUUUGAAGAAGCCACUACAUUCAGUGAUGCCGUGAUUAGAAUAUAUCCGUAUCUGAAGGUAAGAACAUCUCUUGAAUUUUUGUCAAUCAAGAAAAUCUUCCCUCUUAUCUUUAACGCAUCACAUGAAGAAGUACAUGAAUUUGCACAAAGUCACUGGGCCCAGUGUAAACAACUGAUUAUAUCACUGUAUAGAAUGUACAGUGACUCAAAAGACAAAGAAGCACUGCAGGCCCUUGGGUGCUUCGGGAUAUUCGGAAUUGAUGCAUUUGAGGAAAGAAAUGAGACACCAGACAGAUUUAUUGAUGAGACAAUUCAGUGCCUUAACUUUGACUAUGCGAAAGAGAAGAGCUUAAUUGCAGAGUUCUUUAUAUCCAAGGUCUUUGUCCCAAUCUACUACGAAACACACGAUGACCUUCUGCAGUACAUCAUACAAGAACUUCUGAAAGACGUAAAAAGACAAAGUUUCACAGAAGGAUCAGAUCUACUAGGAAAACUGCAGACAUCACAAUAUAUUAUAGAGAUAGAUCAGGCACGCCUAAAGGAAAUACAGAAGCAGAGUCAUCUCCCUGCUUAUAGACGAGGAAUAUCUUAUUCUUGUUUUCUUGUAAAUUUAAUUGGAGUUCUUGCUCAGAUACCAGCAGAAGAAUAUGCCUUCCAUGUGCUCCAUGACUCCAUGGCAAUCCUGGAUACUGUAGAGAGCAAAAGGUGGCUGCAAAGGCACAAGGUCUCUAUUCUGCAGUGGUAUCUAUUUAUGAUGAUAUUCUCGCUUAAGAAGGACUAUUUGGACAGUAUAAGAACGCACUUUCUGCCUGUAUUUAAUGACAUAAAAAAUGGCGUACUAGUGGAUUUAGAUAUUCUUAGGAGUAUUAUAUCCAGCAGCAUGUACAUGAACAGUAUAUUCACAGAGGAAGAACUUCUUCUGUGCAGCAGACAUGUCCAAGACAGGCACCUUACAAUUCGUGUCCUUGAAGUUCAGAUGCAAAAGUGCAAAUACACUGCAAUGAGAGAUGUCUUCCUGACAAACAUACAGAAGGAGUAUCUGGAGAUUGAGGAAAAGGACGUGGUAUUUGGCAUAAAUGCAGCAAUAACAAAGCUGUCUCCUGUUAACCUGGCAGCAGAAUUAAAGAUAAAUAACGAACAUGCAAAUUACAUCUACCUAAACAGAAAGAUACUUAACCAUACACCCAUCCAGACAGACAUAGACGCAAAGUACAAAGAAUUAUUCCGGUCCAUAAAUAGCCAGGAUAUGCCAAUGAUGGAUAUACUUAAGAAGGCAGAGCAGUCGAUGCAGGAAUGGGCAUGUACAGCCCCAGUGCACACAUUCAGCAGGGACACUGCAAGCCUAAGAUCUUUCCUUGUGGAUGUCCAUCUUCUGCAGGACUGCAAAAUAUUGCAGAAAAUGCCGCUUCCUAAGGCACUUGAAAUAAUAAAAGACAGAAGGGAGCUGCCACGGACGUACCAGUCACUGCGCAUAUCCGAGAUACACAGAAAUCUGUUUCAACUUCUGCCUGAGACACCAGAAGUCAUAAGAGCAGAAGAAGAUGCACUUUUAUACGGAGUUAGAAUUGCAAGGAAAUCUGGUCAAUGUGAACUCUCAGAGAAGCUUUUGAUUCGGUCGAUCCUAAAGGACGACUGGCGAGUCUUCUACGAAAAGGCAAAAAUUCACUUAGAGAAAAAUAAUAAAAGUUUAGCUAAACAGGCACUGCAGAGACUAAUGGACAACCUGCCAAUCAACAGCAAAUACAAAGAAAAAGCAAUCCUUCUGAAUACUGAGAUAGAACAGUCAAAGGAAAUAUACAAGAAUGCCCUUUCAACUCUGAAGACAAAUGAAAGGCUUUAUUUCAAGUACGGGAAGUACUUGGAGAGAAAGCAGCCUGUAUAUGCAUUUAAGAUGUUCUGCAAGGCACUUGAGUGCGGCAGUGAGAAGGCCCUGGAGAUAAUUCCCAAAUUAAUUCAUUACCUAACAGACACAACAGGACCAGAUCAUGCAAAAGAAGAUAUACAUGAAUGUGUUUUAGUGAUGAAGGAAACCCUUGAGAGAGUGGAUAUUAAAAUAUUCAGGCGGUUUUAUGUUCAGAUACUGGCCCGUUUGUCUCACAAGGAAAAGUCAGUUGCACAACUUCUUCUGAAAAUAUCAAAACAACUGAUUGAGAAGUUCCCUUCAGAAUUUGCUUGGAGAACACUCUCUCUUUACACCAGCAAGAACACGGCAGUCCAUGCUAUGAUCGGGAGUACAUCAUUCACAUUCAGAAAAUUAUUCUCUGAUGUAUUUACGUUCACGCAGGCACUUGCUAAAUUAAGCAUGCACUCAGCAGGAAGUGGAGUGGUCUCAAUUCCAUCUAUUCUUGGGUCAUCCAUUAGUGUGAGCAGAGGUAUUCCUGCACCAUUCGAUGAUUUUUUGUCUGAAAUCAUCAGUAUCUCUGAUAAUAUGUUUGUAUUUUCGACCUUGCAGAGACCAAAGAAGAUACAGGCCCUUACAUCCGCAGGGUGCUACAAGUCAUUCCUGUGCAAGGCCAAUGAUGAUCUCCGGAAAGAUGCUGGGUUCAUGGAUUUAAAUAUGCUCCUGAAUUCUUUAUUCCAGAGCAACGACAAGUGCCGGGCAUACAAUAUUAGAGUGUACACUGUUGUACCAAUCACAGAGAAGAUGGGAAUAAUAGAGUUUGUCCAGAAUCUGUCUACCCUUAAGGAAAUGUGCGUAUCUUUGCUCCCAGAAGUAGGCGUGUCCUUAAAAGAAAUAUCCGAAGAGUACGGAUUUAUGAAGAAAAUAUCCAUGCUAGGGGAAAAGAACCUGAAGGAAAUUCUGAAGAAAGUCCCACCAAUAUUCCCAACAUAUUUGCUAAGGACCUUCAUGCGGCCAAUUGAGUGGCUGCAGGCCAGAAAAAGAUACACAAUCACAUACGCAGUCAUGAAUGCAGUAGGGUACCUAAUGGGCCUAGGGGACAGACACUGCGAGAAUAUUCUAUUCGAUGAGAAAACAGGCGAGACGGUUCAUGUAGAUCUAAAUUGCAUAUUUGAUAAGGCAUAUACACUGCCAGUCCCGGAGACUGUGCCUUUCCGGCUGACCCAGAAUAUAGUGGCUGCAUUUGGUCCAACAAAAGAAGAAGGCCAGUAUAAGCUUACACUUGAGAGGGUUAUGAAAUUCCUCUCAAUAAACAGAGACUUAAUUGUUGCAAAUCUUCUGGGAUUUGUGCAUGAUCCUCUGGGGGAAUGGACAGGCAGAAAUAGCACAAAGACAGCAAUUGACAUAAUUGAAAAGAUAAAGGCAAAAUUAGACUUUGAUGAUGAAAUAGCAAAGUCAUCUCUCCUAAUAGAAAGAAGUAUGUCAUUAGAAGCACUUGCUAAAAUAUAUGUCUGGUGGCUUCCAUUUAUAUAG